UGCCCACAGUGCACAUUUCGACGUGCGAGUGCAUGUCCCGGCGGCUCGCUUAGUGAACACACCACUACGCAGUCUGUUGUUUCCAUCCCUUCGACUAAGUCCUGUCAUCGACUAGCGACAAGCGCACACACAUCACAUAGCUAGUACUAGGACGUCUUCAUCUGUACAGACGGGACAGCCAGCCAGCCAUGAAGAAAAAAAAGGCCAACAAGAAAGGCACAAGGUACAAUGGCUCACCGACUCACCUAGCAGGCACGGACACAUGCACAUGGCAAUGGACCCCUCUCUCCUUCUCUCUCCUCUGGCUGUGUGUCGGUGUGUGCGCGUCUGAACGCGCUUGUGUGAGUGACUGUGAUUGUACUGUUUACGUACGCCCGCAAAAAGCACGCCGCCACAUCUGACUGACUACCACCGACUCACGGCACAUCACAUCACGGGCAGCACUCAGAAAAGGGGAUGAAUAGAAAACCACGGCAAAAUCAACGUCCAUAUACACACAUGGCUGCCAGCCUGUCGGUGUGGCUGGGUGGCUGCCGACUAGGUUUGGGGCGUCCAGGGAGGGGUACCCCUUGUGUGAGGGUGGGUGUCUUAGUGCUGUCUAUGCUAUCUAUACACUAGUGCAUCAAUCAGUCAAAGGAUGGAUGGAUGCCCUGUACGUACGAUCGUCAGUCAAUACUACCCACUCAAUCGUUGGUCCCACCUGCGCCAGAACAGACACACAAGGAAACACAAAAGACGGCAUUCUUCAAGCGCGAUGCUCUUCGCAUGCGUGUGUGCAUGCGUGUGUGUGUAUGUUAGAUGAGAUGCAGGCACAGGCGUAGCGUACCCCAUUCGAGGAUGACCUUGAUUGUACGCUCCUUCAUUGAGGGACUCGCCCGCAGGGAUUCCUGCACAGCUAUCACACCCUGCGGACCUGCAGGAACACAUGUGCCCACCACACACACACAGACAGACAGACAGACCGAUGGACAGGUAUGCACACGGGCGUCUCUCUCCUCUGACCGAUGAAGUUCCCCCCCAGGUUGAGGUAGGUGAGUGUGGGGUGGUGCCUGAGGCCGUCAGCCAGCGCACGGCCGCCACGCUUGCGGAUCUUGUUGCCUGCAUGCCACACACAUACAUCCCAUGCACACGAAUCGAUCAACCAAUGCGCCCACAUAAAUGUGCCCACAGAGAUAGAGAGCGGCGGCUUACUCCUGAGUGAGAGGUGCGUGAGCGAUUUGUUUCUGCUGAGUGCCCUGCCGAGCGCCACGGCGCCGUCGUCGCCGAUGACGUUGCUGCUCAGGUUGAGCACCCGCAGCGUCCGGUGGGCCGCUAUCGCACGACCCAACACACCGGCAGCAAAGUCGUUCAACCAGUUGCCUGAAGACACACACAUACAUGUGCACACACGUGGGCAGACAGUCCUGCGCAAUGCACAUGUCUGUCGGUAUGGUAUCGCUCGGCAUGUGUGUAUGAGUGCGUGCCUCUGAGGUAGAGUUCCUCAAUGGUUGGGUGGUCAAUCAGGAGCUGAGCCAGCAGGGCAACCGCCGUCAGGUCACCCCGGAGAGUGUGGUCCAGACGGUACACACGCGGGGGGCCAGUCGUCAUGCGCCAGCGGCUGGGCACCAACUACUCACACAGACAGAGAAAGAUGCACACCUUGAGGGAAGUGACGAAGGUGGGUUGGCAAGUAGGUAGGUAGGUAUAUUGUACCGGUCCGACAUGGAGGCGGUUGACAGUGGCGAUGGACUGCGAUUGGGUGACGAGCAUGGCCAGCAUCGCGACGCCCUGGAAGCCCACCCAGCUUUCCUCAUCUGACGGAGGGCCAACGAAACCCACAGCUGACACGGAACAGACAAACACGCACAUUCGAUUCUCUGUCCCUCCAUCUGUCCCUUUGUCUGCUUCCUCCAUCCCUCCUCCCUCCCUCCCUCCCUGUCUGUCUGUCUGUCUGUGUCCGUACGUACGUACGUUUCGGUCUGAAUCUGGCGUGUCUGAUAUGGCUGUUUGCAGCAAUGGCCCCAACCAGCCGCCGCCACCCCUCAGAGGUCAAGUGCCGGACCACCGACUCGAUGACCACCUCGCCCUCCCGCCAGUCCAGCACACAACUCCCCCGCACAACCUCACCUCCAUCACCCCCAUCGGGGGCCGCCUUGGCGGCCGUUGCGGCACCGGUGUCGUUGGUCUCAUGAUGCUCAGCCAGUUUGAUGACCACCGUCCUUUCCUUUUCCCUCUUUCUGUCUUUUGCUGGGGGCGACAGCUGCUUUGGGGCUAUGCCGACCCCGCGGCCGUCCUCUUGCUCUCCUUCUCCCGUUAUCUCGUCAUGGGCAACGGGUAUGGCGAGCGUGGCUGGCGGCCCGAUCUCCUCUGUGCCGAAGUCAAUGCGGCCGCCUCGGUCGACAUAACUGAGGGAAUGAGUGCGUGUCGACACAUGCAUUUCAUCUAUGGGUGUACGAAUCUCCUCACGUACGUCUCGAGGGCGCGGUCAAUCCGGCGCAUGGCGGCUGAAGACGUGGGCUGCUUUGUGGAGGGCUUCAGAGGCACCGCCGCUGCACACAGAGAGAGAAUGAACACGGACAUGUGCGUCCCCUUCUGUCUGUCUGUCUGUCUGUGGUUGUGGUUGUGUUGUGGUGUGCAUACGCGUGGGGGGCUUCUCUGGUGUUGUGGUUGUGGUCGGCGGCUGUUGCUGCUGGUCCUGUCGUUGCUGUUGCUGUUGCUGAGCUGCUGGGGGGGACUCCAGCAACGCCUGCAGCAGCUCACGCGGGGGCUCUCCAUACACGUGCCUGCAGAGGGCCACGGCGACACAACAUGCAGACGUGACAUGGCCCCCACCCACUUACAGCGAUAGAUACACUGACUGCCUGGCCGACUGACCUGAAUGCCGCCCGCCACACUCGGUAUUCCGAGGGGUAGCCAAAGAUUCUCUUGGUGCGCCGACAGUAGAGGUGGAACACACUCAGCUGGAUCACAGAGAGCAGCAGGCCGCUCACGAGCGCCGCGUCGACGUCCGUCCUCUCCCUCGCAGGCAGCCAUGUGGACCGUGCAGGUGAAAGAUCCACACCUAGGGCGCCCUCAGACAUGUAGUCGUAGAGGCAAGUGACGACCAGCAGAUAGACCUGGGCCAGCAGAACCACAGGCAGGCCGAGCCACGUGUAGGUCCCGAUCCGCACAACCAUGUACCCCUCGAUCCUGCUCCACGUCCACUCGUGCACACGCGGCAGCGACGACAGCCACCACCACCCCCGGCUCAUGCCCUGCCGCUCGCCGGUCUCUCUUUCGCCCCCACUGGUAUCUCGUCCUGACUGUCUCAUGGCUUUGGGGCUGUCAGACCUCUCGGCCUCCUCCCUGCAGAACCGAGAUGUGCGUGUGGACGGCAGAAUGGGCCGCGGGGGGUGCAGCACGCUCCGCCCAGGGUCGAUCAGCUUGAGCUGCGGCGGUCUCCGGGCAGUCGAUGAGCUUGAGCUGGGUUUGUCGUGUGAGAGUGGUGGAGAGUCGGGGGCGCUAGAUGAACUCGCGUCGAUGGGUGGAGGGGCGGGUUGCUGCGGCAGACGCUUCUGCCGGUGUUGGUGGGCGGCGCUGCGACCGCUCCGGACGGUGAGGGCGAGCAGGGACGCGUCGACAAGGGCCAGGGUGGGCGCCCCGAGGGUGAAGAAGAGGCACCCCUCACUCCACACAUCUGCGAUCAAUAGACGGACAGACGGAUGGGCAGACAGACGAGACACAGACAGACAGACAGACAUCCGUCCAUGAAUUGUUCAGGUGUGGUUCGUCACUCCUUACUGAUGGGGACACAGGCGCAUGCGUCCCUUCUCAUCUCGCUGACGAUGGCCGCCCCGCCCACAAACAGCCCCGUCAGCCAGUAGGUCAGUAUGACCACCAGGAACAUCCCCAGCCCCCAAAGACGCACCUCCCACCCGCCCAGAUUGUCCUCGGACGAGUGCCACCCCAUCAACACGCACGACAGCCACAGGUUGACUGCCAGGCUGACCAGGAAGACCGGCACCAGCCACAGCGACGGGUGGCGGCUUAGAAAACGCACAAAUCGUCGGUGGCACGAUCGCUCGGCCUCUUGCUGCGACCGCACGGCGUGUGGGGGCUCGGUGAGUGGCGGGGGAGGCGGCCUGGCCCUUCUGGCUACCUUGGGCGAGGACGGGUGUGAGGUGUUGGCCACUUCGAUGGCCGCGCGGAGAGCUGCCUUGGUUUUGUCUUUGUUGGACAAGGGCGUGGUGGGCCCGGCUGAGGUGGGCAGCUACAUUAAGGCACACCACACACACACACACACACAGGUAUGCAUCCACGAGGGAUGGACCAUCUGCCUUCUUUUCCUUGUCUGUUGUUGCUCGCGCACCUCUGGCGGCUCGGCUGAGUGAAUGGCUGUGGAGACCACGACUCUCGCGCUGCACACAAGCCAGACAGACCGACAGAAUGAGACAAAGACAGACAGAUGACUGUGUGUGCUGUCGGAAUAUGUAUGUGCUGUUGGAGCAACUGAGUGUGCCUUCCGGCUGUGAACUACUACCUCUGGGCAGGGCCGUGAGUCACAAGAGCUGCUUCUUCAUCUCUCUCGACUGUUGGCUCAGAAACAGCCACACGGCAGCCUGCCAUCACUGAAUGAGACAAUCAAAAGACACACAAUCACACAAACGGGGGCCAUUCACACCGGUGCACCAUUGAGCUUACUCUCAGUGUUCAACCAACGCAGCAGCUGCCUGCUCUGUGAGUCUUCACAAAAUGACACCGACUGACAGCAUAUAGAUCAAAACUACACUAGGGGACACACCACUCAAGCCUUUUCGCCGAACGAUGCAGGCAU